UGCAGGUUGGUUUGGAUCGUGUUUUACAGUGUGGCUGAGACAUGGAAUUGUGAUAGAUUGUACUAACGAUUCCAUGGGAACAUUUGAAAAUGCCAAGAGAGCACAGUCCCAGAUGCCGUUACUGGGAUAAUUGACGAGAAAACGAGACUACAGAAGUUUGGAAUAUCUCGAAGGUGCUUCAAAAGUGCGGCAAUAAAAGCUGCUAAACUUUUCUUUCAAACCCAUGGAGUUUGCAGUUAAGUUUGGAACCCCUCAAACUUGAACUCUCAUCAAACCGUCCCGCAAAGAUAAAAUUUACUAAGAAAGCCUUCGUCUCGGGGCUGUGAUAUUUCAAACCUCUUCAAAGACAGUUUUGUACUCCUUAUUUGAAUAUUUUUGGAUCUCUUUUUUUCUUUCUGGAAAACACGGAUCUAUUGAACGUUUCAUUCCAGGCAACACUCUCGCGCCAGCUCCUGUCAUCCAGUCUAGACAAUUUGUCGUGGCUUUGAGUCCCCGUGUUACCAUGACAACCAUCAGAAACCCAAUGUGAAUUUUGGAGAAAAUAAUAAAAAGAGAAGGAUAACGAGGGGGUGACAAAGGCACGUUUUAAGUCUUGUUUUAAGUUUAUUUGCUGCACUAGGAGGACAAAAUCCCUCUAUGAGAGAAAGUAGCAAUAGUGAGCAAAAAAGUUAGGAGCAUAUUGCAAGUCCGGUGAUCCCUAAAAAGAAACCCUUCUGCUCCAUGUCAUUCAAACCCGACGUGGUCUAUUAAAAGUAUCGCCUUGCCUGUGCUUUAACUUCAACUAUUUAUGAAACCCCCGGGCUCUUCAUUUCAAAGUGCAUAGCCAUUGUGAAAAUAACCGAAUAAAUAAGUGAUAUCAAAAGAUAAAUAUGGGUUUUUCUCAGGCGCUCCUCGUGUACGUUUUCGUGUCCAUUCAUCUUGGUGUUUCUCAACAUUUUCUUCGCCUGCGCCCUUCGCCCAGCGAACACCUCCCGGUGCCUGAUCUCAAGGAGGACCCCGAUCCGGAGUAUGAUCCUCGCGAGCAGGAUCUUGUCGAGAGAACUCUGAGGAAAAAACUCGGCAGCAAUUUUGAUCCCAAUUUCAUGUCCAUCAGCUCCCCCGUGCUGGUGAAUCAGUCCGUCCAAGACAUGCAAAUGAAGCUGCCAGGACCGAUGCCCAACGAAAUCAAAAAGCUGGACCUCUCCGAGACUCCUUAUGGGAGACGGGUUAAAGUUGGCAAAAAAGCGCGCAGGAAAUUUCUACAGUGGCUGUGGACGUACACGCACUGUCCGGUAGUGUACACUUGGAAGGACCUGGGAGUGAGGUUCUGGCCACGCUACAUCAAGGAAGGCAACUGCUUCAAUGAGCGCUCUUGUUCGUUCCCAGAAGGGAUGUUUUGCAAGCCCAUCAAGUCAAUCACCAAGACCUUCCUCAGGUGGUAUUGCCAAGGAUUUUUAAGACAGAAAUAUUGUACGUGGAUACCGGUGCAGUACCCAGUCAUCUCAGAAUGCAAGUGUUCUUGUUGAGUUUCUAUGGAAAGGGGGAGGGGAAAACGGACUGGAAUACGGUUUCUAUUGCACUGUAAACUUUCAGAACAGAGAUGGGCUAUCGUGUUCGAAGGGCACCAUAGCGAAUCUAUUUUUAUAUAUAGCAUUUUAAUUAAAAUACCAACAUUGUACAUAUUUAAGAUAAAAAUGCAGCUAUUUUUUUUAAAUGAACAGGACCAUAUUUUAUUUCAGCCCUAAAACUUGUUUUGGGGGAACGCAAGCACUUCGAAGGGAAGGGCUUUUUUAUUUUUUAUGAAAAAAUGAGGAUGGAAUGCAUAAACUUCUCCAAGAAGUUACUUUUUUCAACUGAACAUUAAUGCUGACUGAUCAUGAUCUUUCACUGCAAAAU